UUAAGAGCAUUCAUUUCAUUGGUUAAACUCUAUUGCAAAUGGCCGACUUGUACACGCCGAAUUGAAACUUUCAAGAAUUGAUAUUUCAGUUGUCACAUAGCCGAAGGAAGAAUGCCUCCUCCACGGAAAUCUUCACCUCGCCGCAGAGAUCGAAGAUCUAGGUCAAGGUCACACUCGCCAAGACGAAGGAGAUCUAGGUCUCGUUCAAGGGACAGAAGAAGGUCAAAGUCACCACAGAGACGAAGAUCCCCCGAAAGAAAGUAUAGAUCCCCUCCUAGACGAAAGUCACCAUCACCAAGAAAAAGGUCAAGGUCACCUAAAAGGAGGUCAAGGUCUCCAAAAAGAAAGUCAAGGUCGCACAGUCCGAGAAGAAGGUCAAGGUCCCAAAGUCCUAGAAGAAAAGGUCAUUCACCAAGACGAUCACCAUCUCCAGGUGAAAGACUCCAUCCAGUGAAAAGACCAGCUGACUCUUCGGGGAAGAGAUCAGGUUUCAGGUCCAGGACACCUAGUCCAAGUCCAGUUAAAAGGUCAAGAGAAGAAAGAUUAUAUGAAGAUGAAGUUGUUUACCAGCAAUCGCAACGAUCGUCAAAACAAGCGCGAUCUCCUGUUCAUGAGUCAGCGUAUAGCGGAAAAAUGUACGCGGAUCAGCCAUCAUCCUCUAAAAAACCUUUAUUCCCAUCAGGAUCAUCUAAAAGAUCAGCCGAGAUUGACUUUGUAACAAUUGUAGAAAAGGGACCUAAGAGAGAAAAGUUAAACAAACGGUUCGAAACUCACGACCAGGUGGCACAUGGAGGGUUCGAUUUCGAGGAGAACAUUACAAUUGGGAUUCAUCGAGGGCCUCAACAUAUUGAAUUGAAUGAUGACGAUGAUAUUGAAGUGAAUUAUGAUUUUAAUCCAAAGACAUUCAGAAUGCUUUUCCCGAAGAAGGAAAGCUAUGUGAAAGCUAUUUUUGAUCGCGAUGAAAUCAAAGCGUUUCAUCAUGAUGAUAUUCUGGAUGAAGAGGCAUAUGUGGAAAAACGAACAAUUUCAAUAAAACCGGUGGAUAAACCAAAGUCACGAAAAUACAAUGAAGAGUUGGAUUAUAAGAUUACUGUAGGGUCAAGCAGAGAAGGAUAUGGUGAUAGACGUAUGGUGCAAGACUCCGGUUCAAGACCGAGGUCCUCAAGGUCUAGUGCAUAUGAUGAUGUCCCAGUGACAGUAAGACUGGAUCCAAAACCUGAUCCGAGGUAUGAGAAAAUGUACAGAGAUCAACAGAGAUAUGAGGACUUGUCACUGAUGCAGGGGAAGGUGCACCGAAACCCUAACGAUCUGAGGUAUAAUCUGAUGAGACGUAAAAGUGACGGGGAUAGAGACGGGGGACGCGAUGGUAGGGAGCGUCAAAGUGGACAGUCUUCAAUGAUGGACGCAAGGAGUCGAAUCGAGGCACGUAGACAAGAAGGUGAUCACUAUGAUAGGAGGGACCGCCGAACUUCCCAUGAUUCACCACCAAGACGUAUAGAGCGCAAGAAAGCUACAGUAAAGACAGACUUGCCAGAUUUCAAGAAUAGACCAG